UGGAGGAUACGGUCGAAGAACAAAUGCCGGCGCAGGAGCUUUGUAGAAGAAAUAGCAACAGGUCCAUGCCGGGAAAGCGAAUGACUCUCUGAGCAGGAGCCUCUGGAUGUUGUUGCAUCCUCGCAGAGCGCAGCUGCUCCCGACCCAACAGCCAGCCAUGGCCUGCAUGCGGCUGCGACUGCGACUUCCUGCUUCUCCCUCCAGCAUCCUGUUACUACAGCCGUAUCCACGCGUAUCAAUUUGCUCCUUCCCAGUAUGUGUUUGCAAGUAUACUUGCUAUGUGUCCAGGUGUUGGUCGGUCGGUCGGUCGAUAGAUCGAGAUCGUUCGAGUAGCCCACGGAUUCACCGUGCCCACAUAUACGACAAAGGUAUAAUGAUAGUGCUGUGUAUAUAUUCGGAACAAAAGAAAAAGCAGUACUUACGCGUUUACGGCAUUCUGCGCAUCCCAGCCAUGGCUCUUCAGUGCCCUUAUCGCGGUGUUCCGGUCGAGAUUAGUGAAGCUGAUGAAUUGCUGAAUCGCAGCCUUUUGCUGAGAAGAGUAGACUGUAGGCAUUUUGUGUUAGCGCUGUAUGCCAGAUCGCAGGUGUUGGUUGGUUGGUCGAAAGUUCGAGGUGAGCAGAAACCGCGGGGUUGCAGGCGGGUCGAGUAAGCUGGGGGGCGAAAGUAGGCGAGAGGCAGAUGGUGCAAUAGUGAGAGAGGUUCAAAGCACGCUGAGUGAGUGUAGAUCCUGGUUGCGCGCUUUAUUCUCACAGAACCGUCGUGAGCAAUCUCUUUGUUGGCGACAACUUGGGCGAGAUGUGACGCACCGACCGACGAGGCAGCACUUGUAAAGCCGACCCCGCCGAGUCAACUCCACCCUUGUUCGUGCAUCCAAGCCCCGGAAUUAAGGCCGCGGCGACAAGCUAGCUCUGCAACUUGACGU